AUAGAUAACGAGAAUAUCAGAGAAACCUUAAGCUGGACCGAAGAACACGAAAGCUGCGAACUCAAAGAAAAAAAGCUAGAUUAGAUAGCAAAUUCUGAAAUUAGAAGAGGAGAAGAGAGAAAUGGAGUCGACGGAGUCGUCUUACAUGUCAUCACCAGAGGCGGCGAGGAAUAGAUCUCCGCCUCCGCCUAAAUCGCCGACAUCUGAUAAUGCAGAGAAGCCUACGUAUAUCAGGUUUCUUGUAUCGAAUGCUUCCGCUGGUUCUGUAAUUGGAAAGGGUGGCUCAACGAUUACUGAAUUUCAGUCCAAAUCAGGAGCUCGAAUUCAGUUGUCACGCAGUCAUGAAAUUUUUCCAGGAACAUCAGACAGGAUCAUUAUGGUCUCUGGAGCAAUUGAUGAUAUACUCAAAGCCAUGGAACUUAUCCUUGCAAAAUUAUUGAAUGAGCUUAAUAUCAAAGAUAAUGAUGAUGCUGAACCUAGAACAAAAGUGAGGCUAAUAGUUUCCAAUAGCUCUUGUGGCAGCAUAAUUGGGAAAGGAGGGGCUACCAUUAAGUCAUUUAUUGAUGGCUCCCAAGCUGGCAUUAAGAUAUCUCCACAGGAUAAUAACUUUUAUGGCUUGAAUGAUAGGCUAGUAACAGUGACUGGCACAAUAGAUGAGCAGUUGCGGGCAAUUGAUUUGAUUCUUUCAAAGCUUUGUGAAGACCCUCAUUAUUCACAGGCUAUGCAUACCCCAUUUUCAUAUCCAGUGACUUACAAUUCAAUGAGCUAUGCACCAAAUGGGGCUGGAGUGAAGUUUCCGAAUCACAAGGAGGAUCAUAGCAACUCCAUCACAAUUGGUGUUUCCGAUGAGCAUAUUGGACUGGUUCUAGGUCGUAGCGGAAGGAAUAUCAUGGAAAUUAGUCAGGUAAGCGGCGCCAGGAUAAAAAUAUCGGAUAGAGGCGAUUUCAUGUCCGGAACAACCGACAGGAAAGUCACAAUCAUGGGAUCAGAAAGAGCAAUUCGUCAAGCUGAGUCAAUGAUAAAGCAGAAGGUGGCAAACUCCACUGAGAGGGUGAUGGAUUAGUCUUCCGGUUAUCAAAAGAUUCGAAACCAUUAUUGUCGAGUUUUCCGACUUGCUCACAUAGUUUGACUGAAAACGUAUUUGCAUUCAUUGGCAUGCAAUGAGUUGUUGACAGAGAUGUAAGAGCAGGAAGGGGAAUUUUUUUUUAUCGAGCGGAGCUCUUAUUUAGGUAUUUUUCGAAACAUGCAAACUAAUUUUCUUGAUUGAAAAAAUAAAAACACAAAAAGAAAAAUUAUGUUA